UUCUGCUCAUGUCGAGACUCUUUCUUGUUCUGGAUACAGGGGCCGCCAUUUUGCUAGUGGCGCUGCUGUUUGUGGUCUACCGAGGUAGACAAUCGGCCCGAGGACCUCUACCCCCAGGUCCGCGGGGAUGGCCGUUGAUGGGUAAUGUGUUCGAUAUGCCUGCCACCAAUGAGUGGAACACCUUCAUGUCUUGGGGUGAGAAAUGGGGUGAUAUUGUCUCCGUAACAUUAUUCGGGCAACACAUCGUCAUUCUCAAUUCGAUUCAGCACGCCUAUGAUAUGUUUGAGAAGAAGAGCAAUGUUUAUUCGGAUCGUCCGGCCAUCACGAUGGCAGGAGAAAUGGUUGGUUGGGAUAGGACCCUGGUUCUUCUGCGUUACGGCACACGCUUUCGCGAAACACGCAAGCUGUUCUCUCAGUUGAUCGGUACCCGAAGCCAGACUGAACGAUUCUCUCUGCACCUCGAACAUGAGGUGCAUCGAUUUUUGCGUUGUAUCCUUCGUGAACCUACCUCGGUCCUCAAGGAAAUUCGGAAAACAACGGGCGCAGUGAUUCUCAAGAUGGCAUAUGGAUACGAGGUUCAAGAAGGUGACGACCCUCUCGUCGACCUGGUCGAUCGGGCAGUCGAUGAAUUCUCCAUUUCGACACGUCCCGGCGCGUUUUUGGUCGACACGUUCCCCAUCUUGCGACACGUCCCGGCUUGGAUGCCCGGAGCUAGCUGGAAGAAAAAGGCCAAAGUCUGGGCUGACGACCUCGAAAUGACAUGCAACGUGCCGUAUGCAUUCACUCAACAGCAAAUGUCGGCUGGGACUGCCAUUCCUAGCUUCACGUCCACCCAUCUGGAAUCAAACCCGGUCCCGGAGAAAGAGAUCGUGAUAAAAAACGCGGCAUUCUCAUUGUACAGCGCUGGCGCGGAUACGACAGUUUCAGCAAUAUCCACGUUUUUCCUGGCUAUGACAUGCUAUCCGGAGGCACAGCGGAAGGCCCAAGCAGAAAUUGAUGCUGUCAUUGGCAACGAUAGAUUGCCUACUCUCGCGGAUCGUGACAAACUGCCUUUUGUUACUGCUCUUUGUUGUGAAGUUCUCCGAUGGCAACCUGUCGCCCCGUUAGGAGUACCUCAUUGUCCGGUAGCGGAUGACUUUCAUGCAGGCUUCCUUAUCCCGAAAGGCACUAUAGUAUUCCCUAACAUCUGGAAAUUUCUGCACGACCCAGACACUUAUGCAAAUCCGUUCGAUUUCGAGCCGGAGAGGUUCAUAGCAUCACCCGGGAAGACGGCAGAGAAAGAUCCGCGUCAGAUCGUAUUCGGUUUUGGAAGGCGCAUAUGUCCAGGGAUGUACCUCGCUGAUGCAUCCUUGUUUAUCUCUUGCGCGAUGUCUUUGGCUGUCUUUGACAUCUCGAAGGUGGUGCGCGAUGGAAAGGUGAUAGAGCCCGUGAUCGACUACACGAGUGGGACAAUCAGUCAUCCACGCCCUUUCGAGUUCUCGAUAAAACCUAGAUCAGCAAAUGCUGAGGCGUUGAUCACGGCGAUGCACGAAACGAGGGAGAGGUGACCGCCGAGUGUUGAAACUGAUACGCCGCAGGCUGUUUAAAGGGUUGCACAACGUCGUGGACAUUUUUGUACACUGUCGCCCUGUGAGGGCAGUUUAUGCGGGUGCACAUAAUAAACAUCAAUCGUCGGCGC